AUGACUGUUUUAGAUAAUGAUACGUUUCUCAUACGACUCUCUGAAGUUUUCAAAGCGGCCGAACCAAUCGGAAGAAAGGUCUCAUUGUCCAUGAAACGAUACACUUAUGACGAAAGAAAACUAAUUGCCAAACAACAAAAAGAGAAAACCGAGCCUUCAUCAGAGGCUAAAACCGUGUCAUCGGAUAAGGAAUAUCCUUGUCUUUUCAGAGCUGUCUGCGGAAAGACCAAGCUCUCUACAGUUGUAUGUUUAUUACAAAUGUCAGCUUCUAAUUGA